ACGUCUCAUUGAGUUCGCUGUCGGCGGAAUCUGCAACGCCGUUGCUGACCCACAAAAUGCUAAGAUAGUUUGUGAUUGCGGCGGUGUUGCGGCGUUGAUUGACUGUCUUUCGAGUCCGGUGAGGAAUACGGUCAAGCUUUGUUGGACAAGAUUUCGGAAACAUGAAUUUCAUGUUGAGAUGAUGGGUCUUAUGCUAUGAAGAAAGUAUUGAUUCAAAACAACGAGCAGCUGGACUUGGUGAGGGAGGAGAUCCGUGUUUCCUCCUUGUUUACACAUCCCAAUCUGCUUCCCCUUCUUGAUCAUGCUAUCAUCAAAGUCAAGGCCACUCAAGAACAAUCUUGGAAACAUGAAGCGUACCUGUUAUUCCCAGUUCAUUUGGAUGGAACUUUGCUGGACAACUUAACUGCUAUGAAAUCUAAUGAGGAGUUCUUUUCGAUUGUGGAUGUCCUCCAAAUAUUUCGUCAGCUUUGUGCAGGACUGAAGCACAUGCAUCAUUUUGAUCCUCCAUAUGCACAUAAUGAUGUCAAACCUGGGAAUAUUUUAAUCACACACAAAAAGGGUCAGGCACCUCGGGCUAUAUUGAUGGACUUCGGAAGUGCCCGUCCUGCUCGAAAGCAAAUUCAGUCGCGUGCAGAAGCUUUGCAGCUUCAGGAUUGGGCAGCUGAACACUGUUCUGCCCCUUUUCGUGCUCCUGAGUUGUGGGAUUGUCCAAGUCAGUGCAAUAUCGAUGAAAGAACUGAUAUAUGGUCACUAGGAUGCACAUUGUACGCAAUAAUGUAUGGUGUCUCGCCCUUUGAGUAUGCGUUGGGAGAAUCUGGUGGAAGCCUACAAUUGGCCAUUGUAAAUGUUCAGAUAAAAUGGCCAGCCGGACCAAAGCCGCCAUAUCCUGAUACACUUCACCAAUUUGUGACAUGGAUGCUUCAGCCUCAAGCUGCUGUUCAAUCACGCAUUGAUGAUAUCAUCAUUCAUGUUGACAAGUUGAUAUCCAAGUACUCUGAUUAGCUCCGAACAUCUAUUGGCGGCCAUCAAACUCAAACUUGUAUGCACAGGUGUAUCUUGAAGGAUUUUUAUACAAAUUAUUCUGGUCAUAGACACACAUUACAGUUUAGUAAAUUCUGUGUUUGACAAAGGGUUAUCAAUCGCGCUUAUUUACUUUGUCUAAUACUUCGUGUAAGUUAGUAUUUAUAUAGAUAAUUUUUUUGGCGAUAGAUGUUUUUGUGUAGUAGAUUCAGUGUCAUUUGUAAACGUUAUGUUUUGUUUUACUAGUACUAGUCUGUUACAGUAUACUGAAGUUUAUAUAGUAGUAAAAGGUAUUGCUUGGACAAUGGCAUCACUCAAA